AUGCAAGACAAUGAACAUUCACAUAAUGAAAAAUCAUCUAAUCAUUAUCCUUUAGAAUAUUUAGAUCAAUUUCUACAAUUAAUAUGUGCACCAGAUUUAAUAACUAUGGGUUUAUUUCCAAAUGCAAAAGAAAUUACUGAAUCAUUUGCACAAUGUUAUAGUAUUGAUCCAUUACUUCAAUAUGAUACAUAUGCUGAUAUCACAUUUAGUAAUCGACGAAGUUUAACAACAAUUGAUCAAUGUAAAGAAUGGAAAAAUAUUAAAGGUUUACGAAUGACACGUGCUAAAAUUCAAACUGUAUCUAUACAAUGUCGAAAAGCAAUUAUUGUUAUGAUGCAUGCUCAUGUUACUAUUGAAGAUGCUAUAAAUGCUGUUGAUGCAUCAGAAGGUAUUUAUGGUGUUGUUACAUGUCCAUGUUGUAAAUGGGCACCUUAUCAAGAAGAAUGUUUUCAACAAACACCACAUGAACAAUAUAUAGACAAAAGAUUAUUAAGUGCUAAAAAUCAAAUAAAUGUAUGGUGUUUUCCACAAGGUUAUCAUUAUAAAUCAUCAAUUGAUACUAAACAAAUAUCAAAUGAGCAUAAUAUAUUUUAUAAUGGUAUUAAAGUAUUUAAUCCUACAGAUAUAAAUUCAUCAUCAGAUGAUGUUAAUACAUGGCCAUGGGGAUUAACAACAUGGUCAUCUAAAGAUAUUUUAACACUGGUAAAAUCAUGUAAUGAUAAGUCAGAUAUAUCAUCAUCUACUGAUGUAUCAAUAUUAUUUUCAUGGUUUAAAAAACCAGUGUUAAUUAUUGGAACAAUUGGAGCAAUACGACGAUGUAAACAUACAGUUUUUUAUGAAUUAAAUACAUGUUCUAUACCAACAACAGAAGAACUUGAAGAUAUUUUACGAAUAACUUCUUAUAGAUCAUCGAUAAAACAUACUUCGGAAGAAAAACAAUUUUCUACAUUAGAUGGUACAUUUCCUACAUUAUUAAAAUCUGCUGAUCGUAUAUGGACAUGUGUUGAAUAUCAACGACAUUGUCAAGCUAUUUCUGCUUUUGACUGUAAAGUAGAUUGCAAAAUUAUAAAACAACAUUUACCAACAGAAAAUAUUAAUACAACGGUAGAAUCAUUGAAGAAUAAUCGUGUUAAUAUUUUACUUGCUUUAUUAUCUUAUAAACAAAUAACUUAUCGAGCUGCACAAUUGAAUGAUCAUAAAAAAAUGAAAAUACUUGAACAAAAUCCUCAACCAAG